GGGAGCUUUCAAGCUUUUGAGUUAUGCAUAAAUGGGGAGAGACCAGUGUAAUGUAAUUAUCAGCUUUAAUUAACCUACUAUAGUAUUAUAAUAGUUUGGCGCCCAUCCGCAAAGUGUUAUACGUCCUGUUAAAGAGGCCUGCCGGGGUGGUCUGUACAUUUCGUAAUAGAUGUCGCGGUAACACCCUCAUGAAUAAUAUGUGAGCGUGGGGCCACCCUUCCUGCGUUCACUCACCCCCUGGUGCGCGCUUCUCCCGCCGGUGGCGCUCGCUCACUUCGAUUGCUGCGAGUAUUGAACCAGAGACGCGGGGAUAUAGAGUUUCACCCCGCGGUCGAUUUUUAAGGGUAGAUAGCGAACGAGCGAACGAGCAUGUGGCCAGUGAGUCCUCGCCACAGCAGCGCGCAGUAGACGCGUCCGUCCAACGAUACGUCACUGGGACAUGAGUCUGGAUGGCUAGGUGGCAUGCAACAGAUGCCGAGUGAUUCGAAAGUUUCGCAUUUCGUAUUUGAUCGCGUGAUGCGGCGCGUUUUUUCGUGCGUGUAGCGUGUUAUGGUGCGGCGGCAGUGCAGAGACGGAUUGUUGUUAAGUUAGGAGCCAUGGAUGUGUUUAGGGGGCCCCUUGCGGCCCUCCUAGUGAUUGUGUGCGUGGCUGCAGUAAGCGCCAAUGAACCCGAACACGAGCAAGACGAUCUCAACAAAAUACAGUUCGAAGCUGCAUUCCAAGGACGAUGUAAUCAUGGCAGUCCUUGCGAACAGCUAUGCUACGAAUUACACGAUGGAAUGUAUGAGUGCGAUUGCAGGGAAGGAUUUAUACUUAGAGAAGAUGGAUACAGCUGCUAUGAAAUAAAUUCAACGGCAUCGCCCCUCUCACUUGAGGAGCUGCAGUCAGACACGCGAGAAGACGUCAUCUAUCAGAAAGACGCAGUGAUGGACGCAUUGGAGUUUUCCCUUUCGAACGCGACGGUAGACAGCAACGACGUCCCCCAAGCGCCCCCGAACGGCACCCCAUUCACCACGCAGGGCCCGCGGCUGGAGCAGAAGCUCACGUCCGAGCGAGGGGUGACCUUGCCCAGGGCCACUCUGCCCAUCUCCACGGAGAAGCCGUGCCCCUUGGAGUGCGGGCCUGGAGGGGGGUGCGCCUUGGGGGCCGACGGGGUGCCCACGUGUCUGUGCCCUCUGGGCAAAGGGGGGCCAGCAUGUCAGGAAGAUAUGGAGAUCCGGUCUCCUCGCUUCACCGGCUCCAGCUGGCUGGCAUUUCCCGCCUUGCGGGGCGCCUACAAGCACGUCCAAUUGAGCCUGGAACUGAGGCCCGAAGCCUACGACGGAAUUUUUUUCCUGACCGGCGAGCGAGACGACAUGGCUGGCGAUUUUAUGGCACUGCUUCUGCACCAAGGGUUCGUCGAGUUUCGAUUUGACUGCGGUUCCGGAGUUGGAGUGGUGCGUUCUGAAGAAACGGUGCUACUGAACCAAUGGAACCACGUUACUUUGUACAGGCACCGAUGGGACGCUUGGCUUCAGCUGAACACGGGCAAACACGUGCAAGGCAGAAGCAAAGGGUUGUUUUCGAGAAUAACUUUCAGAGAGCCUUUGUUCAUAGGAGGUCCCGGUAACACUACAGGGCUGGCCGAAAAGUUGCCCGUCGCGAAAGGACUAAAAGGAUGCAUAAGGCAUUUGGAGGUUAACGAUCAUCCGUACAAGUUCGCGUUGGAUCCUAAAGGAGAGGCCACUAAAGGAUAUGGAAUUGAGGAAUGCACUGCGGAUCGCUGCAGCAGGGUCCCCUGUCAACAUGGAGGCAAAUGCCUGACAAGCGGCUCUUCCGCCGUCUGCCUGUGCCCAUUGGGCUUCUCGGGCGACCUAUGUGAAACCCGCGUCGACCUCCAAGUACCCUCCUUCAACGGAUCAAGCCACCUAAGGUACAGAGGCUUAUCCGAUGCGGCUCUCACGUGGCUUGACGUGGAGAUCGUCUUCAAGCCUACCGCCCCAGAUGGCUUGGUGCUCUACAACGGGCACAAGCUGGACGGCAUGGGCGACUUCAUGGGGCUAUACCUUAACGACGCCUUUGUGGAGUUCUCCUACGACCUAGGGUCGGGAUCUGCGGUUGCUAGAAGUCGCUAUAGAGUGACUCUGGGCGAAUGGCAUCAGGUUCGAGUAUCGAGGACUGGAAGACUGGCCAUCCUCGCGGUGGAUAACGACAUCCCCGUGGAGGUUCUAUCGCCUGGAGCGUUUACGCAGCUCUCGCUGCCGCAAAAUCUCUACCUGGGAGGCGCGCCGAAUUUCGGCAUCGUCUCUCCCCAGGUGCGAAUCAGAACCGCCAUGGUCGGGUGCGUUCAGAAGGUGCAAAUCAACGGCAGGCAGAUCGCCAUUCUGGCGGAGGCUCUAGGCGGGGCCAACGUCGACAACUGUCCCCAUCCUUGCGUCGCUAGACCUUGCGGGGAGGAUGGGGAGUGCGUUCCCCAGUUGGACUACUUCACUUGCAGAUGUAAACCCGGGUACAAGGACCAUUUAUGCGCUCGGGGGCCACCGGCUUUCCGCGGAUCCAACAGCUAUUUGCACCUCGACGAUGGGGUCACAAUGGAUGCCAUUUCAUCCGAUCCUCUGGAUGUAAACGUACGGUUCAAAUCUGCUUCUGAGUCCGGGCUUUUGUUGUGGGCCUCCAGCGGUAGCCACUUCUCACUGGGGCUGGAGAAAGGGGCGCUGGUCUUGAGAUACAACGGCCACGAAAGCAACGAAGAGAUCAAGGUGGUUUACAAUGCCACUACGGUUAACGAUGGAUUGUGGCAUAGAGUUAAGGCGGUCAGGGACGGGUCUUCGGGUCUUCUGAUAGUCGAUCACGGGCCCGCCAUAACCCGCCAAUCGGUGGAGAUCAACGACAAGGCCGACUGGCCUUCAGACGAGGGGGGGCUUUUUGUGGGGGGGAUGCCGGAGUCUUCUUUGCCAUUGACGAGGUAUCGGAAUGGGAUUAAAGGUUGCGUGGCCGAUUUGGUCAUUAACACCGACUACCACUUGCAGCUGAUAGACCGCUCAGAGAUCAGCCACAACGUGGCCGAGUGUGAAGUUUGAGUCGAUCCAUCCAACUCACGAAAAAAAGUCAAUACUUGAAGCUAACUGCUACCCUAUCUGACAUUUAUAUAUUUGAAUGUGUGAUUCAGAGAUUAAACAUAAGGCUGACUACUUUGAGCUAUUACGAGAACACCCAAAAGACGCGCAGCGCGACUAAGGUGCCUUGACCAAAUCAAAUUCAGACGAGUAAAUGGGGUAGUUAAAUUUUUUCCGACCUAUACUUUUUAUGGUUUUAUUCGAGGCGUUUUGUAAUUUUAAACAUUUCCGUGAAAUCGGAAUUUCAAUUGAGGUUACCGUUUUCGAGAUAUUUACAAAAAAAAAUCUCCUAAUUACGUCACUAGGCUAUUGACAACGUUGCCAACUUUUUCUAUGGUUGCCGGUGUGUUUAGUUUAAGAUUCUUACGAUAGAUGGCGCCACGUUAUAAUAUUUUAGUUUUAAAACCACUUGAUCUAUAAUUUUAGUUGAGAAGAAGAAGAAGAAUUCAUUUUUUGACGUUUCUUUUUUUCGGGUUAUGUUUUUUUUAAAUUUAGAUUAUUGAAAAUCAAUGUUAUUUGUAAUUGAUAUUAGAUAAGUGAUUUAUUAAUAACGGACUUCAAAGCAGAGGAAUCUUGUGGAAUGGUUGGUUACAUUGAACAUUGGAGUUUUUAAACAAAUAAAGUAAGUACCUAUAAUUAUAAUCAUAUUUUGUCGUAAAUGCAUUUCAUUAGUAUAAUGCCAAGUUCUUUAUAUUCUUUUAGAUAUAUCUUGGACUCUAAAAUAUCAAACAGUUCUAUGAUACCUCGUAAUAAGGAAGAUAGGUACUUAAUGAAUUUGGUGACCAUCUUUCACUCAACUGACAGUGACAGUAUUUGUACAUAACCUCUUCGGGUAUUUUCUGACAUAACCGAAUGAAAUCAUUAACAGGACAACUUGACAACAGGGUAAUUUUCAACCAAUAGAAAUCUUAGAAUGUUGGUCACAUGGCGAGGUUUGUGACGUCAUAAAAAUUUAUAUUUUUUGUAAAUAUCUCGAAAACGGUAAACUCAAUUGAAAUUCUGAUUUCACAGAAAUGUUUAAUAUUACAAAACGCCUUGAAUAAAACCAUAAAAAGUAUAGGUCAGAAAAAAUUUAACUACCCCAUUACGGAAUAAUCUAUUUUUCUGAAGUACACGGGCUUACUUUCCUCGACUCCGCGUCUUUAGGCGAGUCUUAUAAACAAAAUAGUUUGUGUGUAACGUCCGCUACAGGAGGUCUAAAAAGUGAAAUCAGGACCAUACAGCGGACCUCUAAGGAUUUGUGUUAGGACUGUAGAUAGAAGAAUAAGAUUAAGAAUUAAAGCUUUUGUAUUUUCCAGGUUUUAGUUUCUAUUUGUAUUACUUAUAAGCACGGGAGAGAGGUUACAGAACUAUCGGAAGUAUCUUCACACUAAAAACAAGUUUUACACCACCACAAAUUAUUCGUUGCUAACACUUCACUUUUAGCACAACUGACACAAUGUUUCCAGAUGUAAACUAUAGACGCUCCUUAGAAAUUUAAUUUAAAAAUAUAUUUUUAGAAUGUUUUUAAAUUUUUUCUCCCAACUAAAAAAACAAUUUAUUUAACAAAUAAUGGUACUUUAUUUUUCAAAUACCUAUUACUUUUUUAAAAAUUAAAGUUUUAUCAAAAUUUUUGUUUUUAAAUGUACUUUUCGGAAAAAAUCAAAAAAUGUUCAGUGUUUUUUAUUUGAAACUGACAUUUUUUGCAAAUUCUCUAAACUGUUCAAUGAAAUAUGAUUUUUUCUUACCUUUUUCUGAUUUUUUCUGUUUUUUUAGUAGUCGGGGUUCAGGUUAUAAUUAAGUAAAAAAUCUGAAACUUUGGGAGUAUCUUCAGAAGAAUAAAAAAGUAAGAUCUGUAUGCCCAAAUUUUCAAAAAUGUUGAUUUUUGUAAAAAUGGUGGAGGCGCCGGGAUUAAUUUAUAAAAACCCCGUAACUUUUUUAAAAAGUAUACAAUUGUUUCUUAAAAAAAAUUACGCAGGUGUGCUGGCUUAAAAUUCAAGCAAUGAGUAAAGUUUUUUUUUAAUUUUCGGAAAAAACGAAAAUUUUUCAUGUUUUUGAAACUGGCAUUUUUUGCAAAUUCUCUAAAAUGUUCAGUGAAGUUUUUUCGUUUUCAAUUUGUUUUUCAAUUUAUUAAUUAACCCAGCUUAUGUUUGAGAAUGUGGAGUUAAAAAAUUAACUUUAAAAAAAAUAAAAUCAUCGAAAAAAAUUCUGUUUUUCGAAAAAGUAAAAAAAAGAAUAAAAAAUAUUACUGAAUAAUUUGUUUUAAAUAUUUUUUUGAAAACUACAUUUUUUCAGACUUUGGGGUUCUUUCUACAUCCUCAAAAAUCCCAACAACAAAAAAUUUUAACGAGAAAAAACAUUUCGAAGAAUUUGCAGAAAAUGUCAAUAUUUUUAAUAAAAAGAAAUAAAAAUGAUAUCAUUGAACAAUUUUUGUUUUUAUAUGUAGUUUUAAAAAAAUAUAUAUAAAAACAAUAUUUAGAUGAUUCUUCUAUUUUUUUAUUACUUUUUCGAAAAAAAUUGAAUUUUUUUCUAUAAUUAUCACUUUAAAUUUAAAUUUUGCUUCAAACUUUGAUGUUCUCUCUACAUUCAUAAAAAUCCCCAGAAAUAGAAAACGAAAAAACGCCACUGAAAAUUUUAAAUAAUUUUCAGGAAAUGUCAAUGUUUUUAAUUAAAAAAAAUAAAAAGAAAUAAAAAUGUUAUCAUUGAGCAAUUUUUUGUUUUAAAAUGUAUUUUAAAAAAAAUAUUUAGAAGAUUCUUCUAUUUUUUUAUUUCUUUUUGGAAAAACAUUGAAAUUUUUUGAUUACCACUUUUAAUUUCAAUUUUUUUUAAACUUCUCUCUACAUUCAUAAAAAUUCCAGAAAUAGAAAACGAAAAAACCCCAAGAGAAUUUUCAGAAAAUGUCAAAGUUUCUAAUAUAAAAAAAUUAAAAAUGACAAUUACCGUAAAUUUUUGUUUUUAUACGAAAAUUUAAAAAAAGGUUGAAGAUUGAAUAAUUUUUUUGAUAUAUUUUUCUGAAAGGUAAAUUUAAAAACAUAAAUUUUAAAAAAUACUUUCCCCUGGUCAAUUUUGAAAAAUAUUUAAGAAAUUUAAAAAACACUAAUUUUUCUGGUUGGGUAAAAAAUUUAAAAAAAUUCUGAAAAAUGUUUUUGAUACGGUAGAAAACAAUUUAACAAUAUUUAAUUUUUGGGGUUUAUAAAAUUAACGUAGUUUGUAUCAUUUUAUAUGAAAUUUAAGAUCUCAAAUUUUAUAAAACACCCCAUGAAAAACAAUUUAAUUUAUGAUCUAUAAAACUUUGUAUCUAAUGUGAAAAUACGAACGCACAAAACGCACUGUUAUCAUAUCAUAUAGAUUUAGUGAAUAAUAAAUAAAUAUAAUUAUAAAUAAAUAAAUAAAUGAAACACUAAUCAGCAAUCUCAACGCAGUGUUUGUACGCAUUCUGUCAGCUCUGUCCUUGGGCCCCAUCUUUAAUUCGCAAUAAAGUAGGUACCUACUUAUCGGUCCAGUGUAAAAUUCACAUUGUUUGUAACUAUGUAUAUGAAACCUUCAUUUGUACAGGUAGUUUAAUUUGUGUGUUAAUAAAUAAAUAAAUCGC